AUGGUAAAGAAUCAUGUCAUGACUCAUGCAUGUUUCUUCAACACAUACAUCCAUCCAUACAUACAUAUACAUGGUAAACACAUCUAUAAAUAGCCCUCUUUCUUUACAUUUCUAAUCGCAUCCGGCGUAAACUCGUAGAUAGAUAAUAAUAAUAACCGGUUUUAUCGUCGCCGGAACGGAGAGUAUAAUCCCUCAAAACCCUAACCCUAGCUUCUUCUUCUUCUUCAACUCAUCGAUCAAUCAAUCGAUCGAUCUUAUUGUUUAAGCGGCGCACAUUACACUUUGCUCGCCGAUUUACCUUGUAGUUUGUGAAGAGUUGCAAAUCAUGGUUUUCUGGGUGUUUGGAUAUGGCUCAUUGGUAUGGAACCCUGGGUUUGAGUAUGAUGAGAAAAUCAUAGGGUACAUCAAGAAUUACCGCCGUGUGUUUGAUCUUGCAUGUAUCGAUCACAGAGGUACGCCCGAGCACCCUGCAAGGACGUGCACACUCGAAUACAAGGAAGGAUCCAUCUGUUGGGGAGCUGUGUAUUGUGUUAGAGGAGGUGAAGAGAAGGAAAGAUUGGCUAUGAAGUAUUUAGAGAACAGAGAAUGCGAGUACGAUCAGAAGACCACUGUCGACUUUUUCAAGGAAGGGGAGAUCGACGAGCCUACUUUAUCAGGAGUUAUAGUUUUCACAUCUACAGCAGACAAGGAAUCAAACAAGUACUACCUCGGGCCUGCACCAUUGGAGGAUAUGGCAAGACAAAUAGCUACUGCUUUUGGCCCAUGUGGAAACAACAGAGACUAUAUUUUCUUGUUGGAGAAAGCGAUGUUUGAUAUUGGUCAUGAAGAUGACAUGGUCAUAGAGUUGGCAAAUGAAGUCAGAAAAGUACUCGGGCUCUUGGGCCUGGGAGUUCGGAAAGAGACCAGCACCAACAGAUUAACCGGGCCUUCUCUCAAGCCCAAAUCCCCCAUGUCGCCUCGUAAACUGCUUCACCUUCCUGAAGCAAUUGCCAUGGACACAUAAGAUCGCGUCGAGCAAUAACUUGGUUUACUUAACCAUAUUGUAAUAUCUGGCAAUAACCACACGCCGAGCUUAAUUACCUCGGGUUUUUAGUUUUAUUAACUGAGCCUUUAAACUGGGCUCAUUACUUAUGUUAGUCUUGAGUACUUUCUUGUUAUUGUAGGCAAUAGAAUUGAAUGAUCAUAUCAUAUUUACAGUUACAUGUUUGUAAGUUAUAAUUGCUUAAAUGUUGCCUGUUA